UUUCCAUGGAGCAGGACAUAGAGAGCUCAGUGGCUCCUCAGCAGCCAAAGCUGCCAAAACAAGUGCGAGAGGAUGCCCCGAAACAAAUAGCUACGGGCAAUCACCCAGUCAAAAGGAGUAUCCAAAGGUACGUGCGAAAGGAUGGAAAAUGUAACGUUCACCAUGGGAAUGUCAGGGAGCGGUACCGUUACCUAACUGAUAUCUUCACUACGUUAGUGGACUUAAAGUGGAGGCACAACCUACUCAUUUUUGUCAUGGUCUAUACCACCACUUGGCUUUUCUUUGGAAUGAUCUGGUGGCUUAUUGCCUACAUACGAGGGGACUUGAACCACAUAGGGGACUCUACCUGGGUGCCCUGUGUUAACAAUCUCAAUGGCUUUGUCUCAGCGUUUCUCUUCUCCAUAGAAACUGAAACCACCAUUGGAUAUGGGUACAGAUUCAUCACAGACAAGUGUCCCGAAGGUAUCAUUUUACUCCUGGUCCAGUCUGUCCUGGGAUCAAUAGUCAAUGCCUUCAUGGUUGGUUGCAUGUUUGUGAAAAUAUCACAGCCCAAUAAAAGGGCUGAAACACUGGUCUUCUCCACACAUGCUGUGAUCUCUGUACGUGAUGGGAAGUUGUGCCUAAUGUUCCGAGUUGGGGACCUGAGGAAUUCACACAUUGUGGAGGCUUCAAUUCGUGCCAAACUAAUCAAAUCAAGACAAACCAAGGAAGGAGAGUUCAUCCCACUCAAUCAAACAGACAUAAACGUUGGCUACGACACAGGGGAUGACCGUCUCUUUUUAGUCUCACCGCUAAUAAUCUGCCAUGAGAUCAAUCAGCAGAGUCCAUUCUGGGAGAUCUCCAAAGCCCAGAUGGCCAAAGAAGAGGUGGAGAUUGUAGUAAUCCUUGAAGGAAUGGUGGAGGCAACAGGUAUGACAUGCCAAGCACGGAGUUCAUACGUUACCAAUGAAAUCCUGUGGGGUUACCGCUUCAUGCCUGUCCUAUCAUUGGAGGAGGGAUUUUAUGAGGUUGAUUACAACAACUUUCAUGAGACCUAUGAGAUAAAGACACCAUCCUGCAGCGCCAAAGAGUUGGCGGAGAUGAACAGCAAGGUGGAACUGCCCCUCACCUGGUCAGUCUCCACCAAGCUAAACGAGGAGGAGGAGGAGGCGGAGGAGGAGGAGGAGGAGGAAGGGGAGGUGCAACCAGAGGACAAACACCAUGAGGAGCAAUCCGAGCAGAAUGGCGAGGUUACAAACUUAGAAAACGAAUCCAAAGUAUGAAUCAGAAGAAACUGGAAUCUCACAUUUCUAGUGCAGGCAGUAAGGGAAUCAGAGUGUGAAGCCACACACUGAAGACUUAGAUAUU